UAGUCCGGUGAGUUUUCCCAGAUCCUUUAGACGGGUUUCCUUGCUAGGAGCUGUCGCCAAGAACCGCGACGCCUGCCCGGAACCUCAUUUUGCUCGCCCAGCUCCACCGGGUGACGCGGAGAGCCGCGAGACUGAGGAAGUAGGAACGCGGGAGAGAGAGAUGGCCCCAGAGCGAGGCGGGGGCUGCCCGAGAGGAAGCCGCCAGGAAGGAGCAGGGACACGGAUUCAGACGCUUCUGCGGUGGGGGAGGAGACAUGGCUGGCGUUUGUGCUGGAUGAGCCAGGUGACGAAGGACUAGAGAGGGCUGCAGGUGACAGAGCAGCAGCGUGCGGCGAGAUAACGGGCCCGUCCGAGGGAAGAAAGCUGGCAGGGUCUGGAGAGGCGGACAACCGGAGAGGAGAGGCGAGCUGAGCUGCCAGAAUGUGGAGAGCGGCGAGAAAGAAGAGCUAGAGGUGGAAGGUGUGAAUGAAAUUGUGCAGAGUGAGGGAGCAGAAGGCUGGAUAAGGGAGGAGUUGGUGGAAUAGUACGGUUGUUUUUAUUGAGCUUGCUUUUGUUGUUGAAAAAAUCUUUCUUCUGUUUAAAUUUUAGGGGUGAGGACGAGAAUUACAAAAUGUGUAUCUGCAGGGCAUGUGCCCUUUAAAGUUAACUGGGAUUGUGUUGGGCAUGGUGGCACACACCAGUAAUGCCAGCAUGUGGAAGCAAAACUCGGGUAGGAAGAUGGAGAGUUUGAGGUAGUCUGGGAAAGAUAACACAGACACUUUCUAAGUGAAUAAAUAAUGUUGGGGUUAGAGGGUGAUAGCCCUUUAUAGACCCUAUUCAGCCAGAACACAGCCAUGGGACUCCUUUAGACAAGGUCACCCCUCUAUGCCAGGGAUAUGGUAUAGAGGACUGGUGGGUUUUUUCUUUUUUCUAACAUUUAACAUUUAUCAUAGAAUGAAUUGCCUCUGACCAUCUUCAAGCAGCUCUCUGUCAGACACCAACUUAAUAUUGUAUGAUUUAAUUCAUAUCUGGAUCACUGCCCAAAGAUGAUAUCAAAUGCCACUAUCUCACACCACUGUCCCCAUUUAAUUCCAAGUCUCAUGUCCUGAAUAGAACCUACCAUCAGCCGGUGCUCAAGACCUGUUAAUUUGCUUGCUCAGCUCUGGAUUGUCAGGGAAACACUUCAUUUAGGUUUACCCAUUGUAAGGAACAGCACAAAGGAAACAGGAAGAAGCUGGGAGGAGGAGAAGGAAGAACCAGAAAGAACCAGAGAUGGCUGCCAUGCAGGGACAGUUGACAUUCAGGGAUGUGGCCAUCGAGUUCUCUCAGGAAGAGUGGGAAUGCCUGGACCCUGCACAGAGGGCUUUGCACAGGGAUGUUAUGUUGGAGAACUACAGCAACCUGGUUUCUCUGGGAGUCACACGUCCUAAUCUGAAUAUUAUGUCUAUGUUGGAACAACAGAAAGGGCCCUGGACUGUGGAGAAUGAGGCAAUAACCAGAAAACCAACCGGACAGGAAUACGUCAGAGCUAUGAGUGCAGUCAACUCUCCUGAACAUAUAAUUAAAGAUUUACCACCAAAAGAGAGUGGCGAUUUAGGAGAAAUAGACAAGAAAAUGGUGUCAGAAAGAUACAAAAGCAGUGACACUGAAGACUUUUCCUUCAGAGGAAUCCAGAAGAACAUACAGGAUUUUGAGGUUCAGUGGAAAGACAGUGAAAGGAAGUAUAAAUCCCCCCAUAGUAAACAUCAAGAUAGUAGAAAGAAGACAAGAAAAUGCAUAAGGAACCUACUUGAACUGCAGCCAUUUCCAUCUGCAGAGAAUAUUGAUGAUAAUAAAGUUAAGUCUAUCACCAGUGGUUCUUCAAUUUCAUCAUCUCAAAGAAUUCCUCUCACUGGUAUCAAAGCACACAUUGUUCAUGAAUAUGAGGAUGAUAUUUAUUGUUCACUACUUACGAAAAAACAGAAAGCACACAUUAAGGAAAAACCUUAUCAAUGUAGUGAGUGUGGCAAGGUCUUCAGUUAUAUUUCUUCUCUGGCACAUCAUCAGCAAAUUCAUACUGGAGAGAAACUUUACAAAUGUGUUGAAUGUGGUAAAGCUUUUUUUCGACGUUCUUAUCUUUUGGUACACAAGAGGCAUCAUACUGGAGCAAAACCUUACAAAUGUAAUGAAUGUGGCAAGUUUUUCACACAGAAUUCACACCUUACAAGUCAUCGGAGAAUUCAUACUGGUGAGAAACCAUACAAGUGUAACGAAUGUGGCAAAGCCUUUAGUGUCCGUUCCAACCUAACUAAUCAUCAGGUAAUUCAUACAGGAGAAAAACCUUAUAAAUGUAAUGAGUGUGGCAAGGUCUUUAGUCAAACUUCAAGCCUUGCAAUUCAUUGGAGAACUCAUACUGGAGAGAAACCUUACAGGUGCAAUGAGUGUGGAAAAGUUUUUAGUUCACAUUCAAACCUAAAUACCCAUCACAUAAUCCAUACCGGAGAAAAACCCUACAAAUGUUCAGAAUGUGGCAAGGUCUUUACUCAGAAUUCACACCUUGCAAAUCAUUGGAGAAUACAUACAGGAGAGAAACCAUACAAGUGUAAUGAGUGUGGAAAAGCCUUUAGUGUGUAUUCCAGUCUCACUACCCAUCAGGCAAUCCAUACCGGAGAAAAACCUUACAAGUGUGAUGAGUGUGGCAAGGUCUUCACUCAAAAUUCACAUCUUGCAAGUCAUCGUGGAGUCCACAGUGGGGAGAAACCUUACAAGUGUGAAGAAUGUGGCAAAGUCUUCAGUCAAACUUCAAAUCUUGCAAGACAUUGGAGGGUUCAUACUGGAGAGAAGCCUUAUAAAUGCAGUGAAUGUGGCAAAGCUUUUAGUGUGCGUUCAAGCCUAACUUCCCAUCAGGUAAUCCAUACUGGAGAAAAACCUUACAAAUGUAAUGAAUGUGGCAAGGUCUUUAGUCAGACUUCAAGCCUUGCAAUUCAUCAGAGAAUUCAUACUGGGGAGAAACCUUACAGGUGCAAUGAGUGUGGAAAAGCCUUUAAUUCACAUUCAAACCUAAAUACCCAUCAGGUAAUCCAUAGUGGGCAAAAACCCUAUAAAUGUCUGGAAUGUGGCAAGGUCUUUACUCAAAAUUCACACUUGGCUAAUCAUCGCAGAACCCAUACAGGAGAGAAACCUUACAAGUGUAAUGAGUGUGGCAAAGCCUUCAGUGUGUACUCAAGUCUGACUACUCAUCAGGCAAUCCAUACUGGAGAAAAACCUUACAAGUGCAAUGAAUGUGGUAAAGUCUUCACUCAAAAUUCACACCUGGCAAGUCACCAUAGGACUCAUACUGGAGAAAAACCUUACAAGUGUGAUAAAUGUGGUAAAGCCUUUAGUGUGCGUUCAAGCUUGACUACUCAUCAGGCAAUCCAUACUGGAGAAAAACCUUACACGUGUAGUGAGUGUGGCAAAGUCUUUAGUCGAAGUUCCAACCUUGCAAGUCAUCGGAGACUUCAUAUUGGACAGAAGCAUAAAUGAAUAUAGCAAGGUCUUCAGCCACAGUUCACUUGCACAAUAUCCAGGAAUUCAGUCUUAAGAAAAUAUUUUUAAUGAUAGAAAAACACCUAUCAAGAGUUCAAGUACAUCACUGGAUGUGAUUGUAUGCAUGUAAACCACAUACUACUUGUCAGACUGUUGUGAGACCAUCAAUCACCUGUGAUGAAUAGGAAGAACUUAAAUUUUAAAAAAAAAGUCAAGCUUUUAUAGACCUAUAUUAAGAAGCCAUUUCAUUCAUGUAUAGCACAUGCUUUCUUACAUGACUCCCACCUCUAGAAAUACCAAAAUUCACAUUGCUGAGGAAAUUGUCCACUUGGCACUUACUGACGAAGGUGCUUAAUGACCAUUAUUGUGAAGGGUUUAUCAGAGGAAUAACUCCUCUUCCAUAGCUAUGUUACAGUCUACAGAAUAAUUGUUAAAAAACAAAACAAAACAGUAACAACAACUAAAAGUCAAAGUAAGUUAAAACAUAUAUAUGGAAGUUGCAAGACAAUUUUGAUACACUUGGUUGCCUUCAGGUUAUAAAUUAUUCAUUUUGUUGUGUUUCUUUGCAAAGUCUGCCAUUUAUUCUUGUCAGCCUCAACUUUCUAUUGCUAGAAUGCUUAUCUCAGGAUGUUUAUUGCAGCCUCUGGGAAAAAUGAAGUGAAACGUCACAUUAGUAGGAAAGGAGCAUGUCUAUCUGAUUUCUGAGUAUUACUCUACCUAUUAAGUUAAAUAUUGCCUAAGUUAUUGCCCUAAUUUGUUUUAGUUGCUUUGAUAAACCCCAUGACCAAAGCCAACUUGAAGAGGAAAGGGUUUAUUUCAUUAUGGAUUAUAGUCAAUCAAGGGAAGCCAGGUAGAGGCUAGAGUAGGAAUCUGGAGGCAGAAACUAAGGUAGACAAUAGAGAAAGGAUGACUGCUGGUUUGCUUUUCAUGAUUUAGCUUCUCAUACAACCCAGGACCAUCUAACAAGGGGUGGCACUGCUCAGAGUGGCCUAGGCCCUCCCAGACUAGUCAUAUAUAAAAUGAUUGUCAGACAUGUCUGGUGUUCAGCCUUUUGGAGGCAUUUCCUGAAGGGUCCCUCUUCCCAGGUAACUCUAAUAGGUGUCAAGUUGACAAGGUCUAACCAGAACAUUUAUCAUGAAAGGCAUGGGAUAAUGUAAAAUUGCCACAUAAAGCUAUCAAGUUUAUUGUAUCUGAUAGGGGGCUCUCCGUGAGGGAACAGCAGUUAAAUGGGAAAGGAAUUAAGAUACUAGAUGUUUUAUGAGUUGAGAAUAAUAGGCUAGUUGGGAAUGGAUUGUUUAGUAACAUACAAGACAUCGUGACCAUCGACAUUGAAUAACAAGAGCUUUCACAUAGCAAAUAAUAAACAACUAUUCUUCCUUUUUAAUUUGAAGUGAGAAACAUUGUUAGAAUGGAAAAUUUAACCCAAAGAAUGAAAGUGUAGGUGCUGGCUUCAUAAGUAGUAGAGAAGCGCUUGAAGCUCUAUGUUAAAUCUUUGAUAUCACCAAAAGUAAAAAUACACAAAAGCUUUCUUAAGGAUAAUAUUUAACUAUGGUUGUUGAACUUUGCCUUUGUUUUAUUUAAAAUGUAUCAUUUAUCUAAUUUUCAGUUAAUGAGAGUAAAACUUUUACAUUCCUGCAAAUGUAUUUUUAUAUUCUUCUGUCUGUAUACUUUCUGUGUGUAUCAGUACAGUGCUCAUGAGAAAUGAAAAAAAAAAUGGUGUAAAGCUCCUAAUGUUGAGGUUUCUAUACUUUUUAUAUGAAAUCAAAUGCCAUAACAUUUUAGGAACCCAUAAUUUUUCAGUGAACUUAUUCAAUCCAUGCUCCUAGGAAACUUGUAUAAUUAUAAUGAACAUCAAGAAAGACACAUAGUGCAGACUGCCAAAGUAAAGAUGACAUAUUUUGUGUAUAUACCUGUACACUUGAAGUUUCUCUUCAUAGCUGUGCAAUACUUCAGAUGUUCCAUUAAUUGAUAUGAACUGUGAAGUCCUCACUAUGGUUGACAUCAAUAAAAUUUAAAAAAACAACAGUA